ACAUCGACGUUAGCAGAGUAUCAUCGCGGCUCUUUGAUCAUACCUGCAAUGCAACACCCGUGACUACUUUUGGUUGUGUCACGUCAGCGUCAGCACAACUGCCUCUCAUCCACCACUUACCCCUCCCUGACUACCCAGGCUUGAAUUCAACAGAACACACAAGAUUUCAUAGCAACGAAAUCUCACCGCUUCAAAUGUUCGACAGAGCGCAAACCUUCCCGCUCAGCUAUCGCAAGCUAGCCCCGGAGAGCCGCCAUGAGGAAUGGAUGGUUUCCGCGGCCACACCCUACUCGAAUGAAGAGCAGAAGCGCGUAUGCUACCCCAACCUCGAGCCAUGGUGCGCGCAGGACGGGGAGCGGCACCUGAACAGCGACCUCGAGGAGACCAUCAAGGAGCUUCGAGCCAACGACAAGUUCCUGGGCUCGAAAGUGGGGCUGCAGGAAGAGUGGUCCAUCAACUUCGAGAGCGCCUACCGACGACUGGAAGGGUCCGAUGCGGCUAACGUGCCCACGAUAAUGCUAGUGGCCUGGAGCGAGGACGAUCGCGAGUACGACAUCGAUGACGAGGAUUUGUGGAUCGAGGCGUGUAGGGAGAUCGUGACGUUUCUGAGAGACAAGAACGCCGCUUAUUUCGGCGUUGAGAUCAUUCAUUGGGACAGGCUGGAUUACCAGGUCGUGACAUCCAACGACCCGGUCAACAUGUAAUGGCUAAUUUGAAGUUAUUCGUAUUUAUAGAGGGAGGGAGUCAAGGAAGCAAACAGAGUA